CACACACACACACACACACACACACACACACACACACACACACGUCAGAGAUAUCAGGACAGUCUAUAGUGGUGUUAGGCAAACAUUUGUAAAGUGUCGGCAGAGGUGACUACUACUGCAGUGGUGCAUUUUGUGCUUUUCUAGCACAAUCUGCUGAUCCUGGAACAGUUUCUUCUAAUGUUGAUGCAUUUAGUUUCAGUUGGUGAGUUGGUGUGUUGAGGGUUAUCUAAAAAAGAAAAGGGUCAUGUUUAUAUCCAGGUGGACAGAUGGAUAAGAAAAAUUAAAGCUUUACUUCAGGCCCUCCAGCUGACCUCUGGGCCCAGUCCUGGCUGCAGGGUUGCUGUGGUUGGUGGGCCAGCCCAGUCUAUGUGAAUGAGAGGUAAUGAUGUCUAAAAUGAAGCAAUGUUGGAAGAAGGUUCUGGUGGCCAUGCUGGUCUGGGUACUGGUAUUUCUCGCCCUAUUAUCCUACUUCCUGGAUACUCAUGCAGACGAAACUCUGACGUCAGCCGGCUCGGUGCUCUCUCAGCACCCAGACACACGCCGGCUGACCUCCCUACAAGCCUCCCAUCAUCAGCAUGCCAUCCCGGACUCCAGACCAGAUAGAUCUCUGAACUUUGGCCCAACAUAUCACAGAAUAAAACCAGAACUGGGACCUUCUGCAACCCCAGAACCCAUUGUGGAGGUGAACCGGAGCCCAGACAAUGAUCCGUACCUUACUUAUAGCAGCCAGGAAGCAAACCGCCAGGACUAUCUUGACCCACAGAGCCUAGCUGCCUGGUCCUCCUUUGGCACAGAGAAUGUGGACUCCUAUUCAGAUCCUGCCUUCCGGAGUCGUGAGAGAACCACUCAGAUCAAAGACCAUUUGAACCGUGUUGAUGCCACUUAUCACCAAGAUGGUGAAGAGGAGGAGAAUGAUGACGAGAUGGAAAACAUACAGACAGCUAAAGCAGACAGGAGCAAAAUUAGAGCUGCUAAGCUAGACGAAUAUUAUUCCUACAAGUCUGAGUCUCUGAUGCAGGGGCUGUGGAAGGGCCGCGUGUCCUUCAGCAUGCUGAGCCCCCGUCUGCAGCGGGCCUUCAAGGCCUACAUGAACACGAACAAGCAUGAUGUCAUUUAUGAAGGACAUCGCACAACCUCACUGACAGCCAAGCAGCUGCUCUGUCAGAUGAAGGCCCAGGCCAAACUGAGAACAGUAGACGGGAUGGAGGAGCCGUUCCGCUCUUUGGGAUGGAUGGAUAUUGUGCCGUCACUUCCUCUGGAGCAGCUCGGCAAAGGACUGAAGAACAACUUCAAGAGCUGCGCAGUGGUCACGUCUGCUGGUGCCAUCCUGCGCUCGCGACUGGGGAAAGAAAUCGACUCGCAUGAUGCAGUUUUACGGUUCAACGCUGCGCCUACAGAGGGUUACGAGCGAGAUGUGGGGAACAAAACUACAAUAAGAAUAAUAAAUUCACAGAUUUUGACAAACCCCAGUCAUCAGUUCAACACCAGCUCCAUGUUUAAGGAUGUCGCCCUGGUGGCGUGGGAUCCUGCGCCUUACGCCAUCGACCUAUACAAGUGGUAUGCCAAUCCAGACUACAACCUGUUCGUUCCAUAUGUGGAUCAUCGAUUGAGCCACCCGGACCAGCUCUCCUACAUCCUUCACCCCAGCUAUGUGUGGAAACUCUGGGAUUUGAUCCAGAGCAACACUCAGGAGAACAUCCAGCCUAAUCCUCCCUCAUCUGGAUUUAUUGGAAUCCUCCUGAUGAUGGCGCUGUGCGAGGAGGUUCAUGUGUACGAGUACAUCCCCUCCUUGAGGCAGACAGAUUUGUGCCACUACCACGAGAACUAUUACGACGCCGCUUGCACGCUAGGAGCCUACCACCCCCUCCUCUACGAAAAGAGUCUGAUCCAGCGGGUCAACUCUGGCCCCGAGAGCGACCUCAGGAUGAAGGGCUGCGCUACUCUUCCAGGCUUUAGCACCAUCGACUGUGACGUCUGAAAUAUGAAACCUGACCCCCCCGCCCGCCCUACCCUGAGCCUAAAUAAACUAACAUACACUAGCCUUUUCUGGCUGCUCUAGGGAGAGUUGCAAUAAAGCCGCAGUAGAUGAAGGCUGAAAUUUGAAAUCAGACCCAUGAAGAGCAAAAGCCAUAGCCAUCUGGGGAGGGAUCAAUGUGGAGAUGGUCUAAAGACCUCCUCUUCAUCAAGUUGGGUGACCUUACCAGAGACUGGAGCUGGUAAAAAAAAAAUCUCUGCUUUAGCUGAGCCAUGUCAGCUUGGAAGCUGAUUAGGGGUAGCACCAGGUGUGUGUUUUAGUUAGAAGAGUGAGUUUUCAAAAACGUGGUGUCAAGUAAAUAUCUGUGUCUUACAGUUCCAGGUACUCCACUGAGAGGAAAUACCACUGUUUUUUUUUUACUAUUUGAUAGUCCUGAGUGGUGUAAACAAACCAUCCACUCUGAAUGUCACAUUCACACACAUCAGGUGGAUCUACUGUACAUAUGCUCGUUGAUUCCCCACUACUGAUAUUAUUAGUAUUUAAUUCCUGUCUGAGCACGGUGAGCAAAGAGAGCAGAGUUCACAUUUCAGUUCCUUUUGAGUGCAAUUAUGUAAGCAUGAAAGUAAAUGGGGCCAAAACCUAACCAGGUGCUCAGAUCAGCCAUAACCCCGUGCCUGGCGGUCAGCUGAACACGUUCCUCUGGUUGCCUUGUGAACGUUCACACACAUGCAGUUGGUACUGUGGCAGGACUGCAGUACCAGUCCCUCUGAUGGCGACGAGACUCGUUGAGCUGUCGUGUUUUACUAGCAUUUUUCAUCUCCGCCUCGACGUCCACCAGCCCCCUGUGGUUUUUCUUUGCUGCUCCUUCCGCUGUUCACGUGGUCUUGAAUGUAAUUUAACCACUGGCUGUUGUGGCCAAACCCCUACUGGAGCUCAUCUCUGCUGUAUUGUCUGCACACGUGCAGCUCGCUGCAGGGUUCUGUCUUUAAUGCGUGAAGUGCAUUAAACGACUGAGACUGGAGAGUAUCAUGGACCUGUAGUUUCUUUGGAUUUGAAUUGUUUAUUUUUUAUUUUUUUUUAUGUUUACAACGAGGUGGAGCCACAUCUGCAUGCAGCUGUGAAGGUGCGAGUUAGGCAUGGUAAAGAAAGUGUUUUUCUUUGUGCUGAAAUGCAGCCAGAAAGUAUUUUGCGUAAAAUAAAUGUAUUUUUCUUUUCUUUAAAUGUGACCUUUGUAGUGAUUUAAGAAAAGAUAGGUGAAUAGAGCUUUUACACCUGGGCUGGGUAUUAAAACGGCGGAAAAAAAGAUGAAUCACUUUGUUAGAAUUUGAUAAAAAGAAAUAAAAAUAAAAUCCUAAAUUAAAUGUAGCUGUAUUUAUACAUGUCCGGUGCCAUUUUUCAGAUCAAUGUUUUUUAUACAUGUUAAAAUAAACUGUAAACUUGUACAUUUUGUAAAUAAUUUAACACUGAUCAGCCACAACAUUAAACCCACCUGGCUCACAUCAUGUUGAUGUCCCUCAAAACCUGACUGAUUACUGAGUAUUGUGUGUCCUGAAGUGUCCCAACACCUGGCCAUGGAGCUGUUCACUACUCUAGGACAGGGGUGUCCAAAUGUUUGAGACGAGGGCUGAAAUCAAGUCCAAUGUUCCCCUGGGGGGUGUUACAGAAAUUUGCUGAAAAAUGACUCAAAUUGGCACAAAUUUGAACAUAAAAAUGUCAAAUUUGCUGAAAUGACGAAAUUCCACCAUUCUUGAAAUUAAACAGGGAACCACACAAAACUAACCCCAGGGCCACAGAUGGCCCCGGGCUGUACCACUCUGGGACUUGAAGCAUCUUCACAUGUAAACAAAAUAAUUUUUAGACAGUCUAGUGGAUUUUGUUUGCUCAGCCAACAUUUAGCAUGCUUACAACUAAACUUCAGACAUCAGCAUGAACAAUAUUUCUAUUUUAACUUCUAUUCUCAGUUUUUAACUUGUGAAAUAUAUGUAUAUAAAAAAAGGGGGGGGGGGGGGGAUUGCUUGCCUACAGCGUCCCAUUAGUGAAGUAGAUGUAAUGAGGUCAAACACAGGUCUGUUUAAUUACACAAUAACAAUGUGUGGAAAAACGUAGCUUUUGAGAACUUGACUGCAUUUCUCCUGGGCUGCAGACGCAGUAAGUGUUCUGAUUGCACUGUUAAACUGAUUAAAAUAAAAUAAAAACCUUUAUUCUUACUGUUACCAACCACUGAGCAAACAUACUGCACAUGUCAUGAAUAAAGCUGCUGUAAUGUUUUGGACUGCUGAUCAACUGCAAUACCACAGACAGCCACUAGGUGCUGAUUCUAAACAUCUCAGGCUUUAAUACCUUUUUAAAAAAUCCUGAAAAAAAAGUAUAGAAAAUAGAUAUUUUUCUAAACCUGUUUAUGCAAUUAUAUAAUAAGGACCAACAUUCUAACGUUAUUUAGGUAAAUGUGGUUAUUUUCGUCCUGGGACCCUCUAAUGAGGCCACUGGUUUAUCCUGCACCAGAAUUUAAACUAGCUGUCCGUAUUUUUGGGAGACUUGCUCUUGAAGGCACCUGAUUAUAAAGCCUACUAACUGUGUUUAGGGGAAAGUAAAAAAUGAAACAUCAAACUAAACCUCGGGUCUCAGGAGGAACGUUAUGUUCCAGUUGAACUUCAAAUUGGCAGCAAAACAUCCCUAAAUCCAUGUACUCCUUUGCAUGAAAAAUGCUUUGGUGUGCAACAACCUGGAAAAGAACACCACUUGGGCCAAUUUGUUGCAAAAUGAAAAAUAAAAUACAUUUAAAAUAAUAUAAAAACUAAAUGUUGGUAAAAAUCUGCUGACAGUUCUCUCUUUCUCACCCUGCCUUGACCUGCUGAUUAAGGAUUUUUAUUCUAAGGAGAUUAAUUUCUAAGAUUUAAUGUUGUGUUGAUCAGUGUUUGAGAUUAUGUCAUCAAAACUAAUUCAGUGAAUUACCUUGAGUCUAAAGGAAUUUCAUCACAUUGAUGCUCAAUUUUUUUUAACUUAAAACCAUGAAAGCACUUCCCUGAUGAGAUGAUACAGGAUUGAUGUCAGUAAGUGCUGCUGAUCAGUGCUUAGAGAUGUUUUGUACUCAUUGUUAUCACAAUAAAGAGAAUCAGGUUUAAUACCCAGCCCCGGGAGAGGGACAGCUCUAGUAUAGCGUUUCACCGCAAAGAUCGAGGCUGAAGAAAACACUUUAAAGGAAAUUGGAGGAUUCUUCUUAAGUCCUGUAGGUUUUUACAUCUCAGUAGAGAUAAAUCACCCCAAGCACAUGCUUGUGAUUGUGAGAAGGUGCACAAAGCCCUGAACAUCUUGUCCAGCUUGCCUCUGAUUACCUUCUGGUACACAGAGCAUGCAAAUCAGGAUCAGGGCUCCGUCCUCAACUGUCUGUGUCGUGCUGCGAGUCACUGUCAUCAAAAUUAAAGUAGGAGGCGACGGUGCUUUAAGUUUGUAUUUUCUUCAAAGUGGUUUAUGAGAACAUUAAUGCAUGCUUGUGGACCACAUCCACCUGCAGAGUAGCUUUCAGUAAUCACCUGAAGGUGCUCGAUUAAGUGUGGCGCCUUUACGUUUUAUUGUGCCAAACUCUUUAAUUUGGCUUAAUACGUGUUGGUGGUGAAGUAGUGAGGUGAUGUUUAAAGACAGUGGUUCUAAAAUGUUCCUCUCCUUUUAUCUGUAGUAUCUUGUUUUGGUUAAAUAAGGCAGGAAUUUCCAUAACAAUCCCGCCUCAGAAGGAAUGUUAUAGUUUUCCUCUCUGCAGGUCUGUGGGGGUGAAAAUCCUGUUUUACUCCCAGCAGCCUUUGGGUGAUCAUGGUUUAAAGUUUCUCUGUAAAUGCUCUUUUCUUUUACUGAUAUUUAAAGCUGUUUUCCGGAGUUUUCCUCUUUCAGAAAUUGUCUAUGAUUUGUCAGAAAGCUGUAAAAGUGAUGUAAUGUAAGCAAUAUGUCUUUUUUAUUAUUUUUAUUUUUUUGCUAAGCACGCCCCCUGCCCCACAGAUCUCCGUGCAAUAGCAAACGGAGCAACGACCAGAACUAACCAAUAGCGUUAGACUGCCGCUUAGACCCUUCAAAUUUAAGGUAAACCUCAGCUGAUGCAGAGCUGAUGAACUUUUCACGGAAAAGAAAGUCUCUAAAAUAUAAAUAUAUGAGAACACAGCAUGACAUGAGAAUAACAUUUGUAAAACAACAUGUUUUAGCUCUGUUUGUCAGCUACAGAAGCACAUUUAUAAAACAGAGACGUGAAGUCGCCAUCUUAAACAGAGGAACAGUGUUUUUGUGUGAUACGCUUGUCAGCCACUAGAUGGUGCCAUUGAAUAAGAGAAAUACUCCGGAAGGAAGCUUUAAAUGGGCCAUUUGUUUGGUUUCAGCCCUUAUGUCCUUUUUACAUUGUAAAUAAAGUUAAUCUACAUUCCAA